CUAUGCACACUUCCGGUAAUACUGUGAGAGGGACCUGGCAACUUUACUUACGUGGAAUUUUCAGCUGAGAGAGGAACACAUAUGGCUUUACAAGCUACAUUGCAUUUUGGAAGAUCCUAGUGAAGGAGCAGAUCAGUCUCUGUGUCUGUGUCUCUGCUGAGUCACUGCAAGCUGGAAGGAGCACUAGGCUAGCGGAGCAGACGACAGCAGAGCACCAUGACCUACCGGAUGUUUGAGGAGAAACACCAUGCCUCCAUCUACCAGAGGUACCGCUUUGUACCCCCAGAGGCGAUCAGAGACAUCAUCCUGCAUUACCUGGAAAGGAAGAAAGUCCAGCCUCAUGCCCUAGCUGUGGACCUGGGCUGUGGGACGGGGCAGAACUCACGCCUGAUGGCCCCACACUUCCAGGAGGUGGUGGGUAUUGACAUCAGCGAGUGCCAACUGGAGGAGGCCAGGGCAGUGGCAGGAUUCAACAACAUCACCUACAGGAAAGGGACAGCUGAGGAGCUGCCGUUUCCGGAUGCUUCUGUAGACCUACUGACUGCAGCCUCAGCGGCCCAUUGGUUUGACCAGCAGCGGUUCCUCUUGGAGGCAGGCCGGGUCCUGAAGCCUUGUGGCUGCAUGGCUCUGCUUGGCUUUGCUGAUAACUUCAGACUCCAUUACGGCUCAUGUGGGGACAGACUCACUGACAUCUGUGAUGAGUUCAAGAAGGUGCUGUUACCAUACACCAGCCCACAGGUAACAAUGGCCAACAUCAAACUACAGGAGCUUUACACUGCUAUCCCCUUCCCUGACAAAGAGAGGGUUGAGUGUAUCCCACUGAAGCAGCAGAUCUCAGUGAGGAACAUAGUGGGCUUCAUGGAGUCCUUCUCCAUGUACCAGGCCUUACAGAGGGCCGAGCCUGAUGCUGCCACCGCACUGCUGCAGAGAACACUCGACAGGUUUCUGAAGGAGAUGGGAGUCACAUCACCAGACACACUCAUGGAAGUGACGCUGGAGUAUUUCUGUGUCCUGGCGUCUAAACCGGAGUGAACACUCUUUACAGUGUGAAUGUGUUUGUGUGUAGACAGAUGUGUUUUAAGCUUGUGUUUAGGCUUGUUUGAAUCAUGUUCAAGCUGUUACUAGAAAUGUUAUUCUGUUCACAUAAGAUGUCAUUGAAGUCCCUUUGGUUGUCUCUUUUAUACAUUGUAAUGUAGAGCAAACUAUUAGCCUUAGUCACAUCAUUAUCAAAAUGCUUGCCACAUUUAGUAUCUUCCUUGCCUGAGAUUUACAAUAAAAUGUCUGCAGACACAA